AAAACAGUGUUAUUUUUCGUCUUUCUCGCACUAAUCCGGUGUUACACGUUUCCUCUUCAAGAAAAUCGCAUUUUCAGUGUUCUAAUUUUAUCGUUUUACUCCAAACAGAAAAAUCAGUGCUAAAAUUUUUAGAAUUAGGUUCGGCUUUAUCAGAUUUACGACUAACAAGUUGCUUCAGUUGAGCAUCUGCAUCAAAUCCCACAGAUUCUGAGAUUUUCCAAUGGCUGCACGACCCCAGAUUGCCAUACUUGGAGCUGGAAUUUUUGUUAGAAAUUCAUACAUUCCAAGGUUGGCUGAGAUCUCUGAUCUCUUCAUUCUUAGAGCCAUUUGGAGCCGCUCCGAGGAAUCGGCAAAAGGUGCUGUUGAGAUUGCUAAGAAGUUCUUUCCAGAGGUGGAAUGUAAGUGGGGUGAGGCCGGACUUGAUGACAUUAUUCAAGAUGCUUCUAUAAUUGGUGUGGCCGUCGUUCUUGCUGGGCAAACUCAGGUGGAUAUGUCUCUGAGGCUGCUGAAGGCCGGAAAACAUGUCCUUCAAGAGAAACCUGCUGCAGCUUCAAUAAAUGAGGUGGAAACUGCGUUGUCAUCUUAUAAUUCCCUUAGCACCACCCUUCCUAGUCCACCUAUUUGGGCGAUUGCAGAAAAUUAUCGUUUUGAACCUGCUUUUUUGGAGAGCAAGAAAAUGAUGGCUGAAAUUGGAGAGGUGAUGAAUGUUCAAGUCAUUAUUGAAGGUUCUAUGAAUAGUUCAAAUCCUUACUUCUCAAGUUAUUGGAGACGUGACUUUACUGGGGGUUUCAUUCUAGAUAUGGGGGUACAUUUCAUUGCAGGAUUGAGAAUGAUGGUUGGGUGUGAGAUAACAUCGGUGUCAGCCAAUACCUCUCACAUAGAUACAACUUUGCCACCUCCAGAUAUUAUCUCCUCAACUAUUCAACUGGAGAAUGGGUGUUCAGGUGUUUUUGUGAUGGUGGUAUCAUCGAGAUCUCCCAAGGUACUCUGGCGAGUUGUGGGCUUAAAAGGAACAAUACAGGUCGAACGAGGAAACAAAGAAGGGAAGCAUGGUUACUCGGUUACUCUUUUUACUGCUGGUGGGCAAAGCAAUAGCUGGUUCUACCCAUUUUGUGGUGUGACUGAAGAGCUCAAGACUUUUCUAUCUGAUAUUUCAACGGUAACCCUUAAGAAAAAUCAAAGCUACCAAGCUGAGCCUCGCCUCUCGUACCUCGAAGGUGCCCGGGAUAUUGCUGUUUUAGAUGCAAUGCUUGAAUCUGGGAAGAGACAAGGAGCACCGGUCCAAGUAAAAAUGUUUUAGCUUCACCUUCUCAAGUUCAACUGUUCAUGUAUGAUGCAGUGAAGAAUUAGUACGGCACCUCUAUUCUGGGAAAAGGCCUGCCCAGAUAAGCUAUUAAAGGAGGGAGUUGGGGCAGAAAUAAUGGAUUUGGCUUAUGAUUAAGGAACACAUUAAUGAAGAUAGUUUAUGUUAUUAUAUGAUUUUGUCGGAAUUGAUUCAGAUUUAGGAAUUUACUUUUUAUUGUGUUACAUUGAUCAAAUAAUGCAUGUACUUAUGCUGAAUAAUAGCAAUAAGAAAGAAAAAUUGCAUCCACGAGCACUUGGAGAACCAAGUCGCCACACCGAUCGCAAA